AUGUUCGCUCGUAUCUCAGCCUUCUCUCUCGCCAUCUUGGCUCUGCCUCUCCUCGUGGCUAGCAGUGCCGUCCCAAGACAAGACACCAAUACCACCGUUACCGGUGGCAAGUGCAACACCGGUUCAGCCCAGUGCUGCAAGUCGGUUCAGGAUCCCAAGUCCUCCGCUGUCCAGAACGCCCUUGGUCUUCUGGGGAUUCCCAUUGGUGAUAUCACCGCCAACGUUGGUCUUACUUGUGACCCCAUCACUGUCAUUGGUCUCGGCACCACUUCUUGUGCUAACCAGCCUGUGUGUUGCGAGAAGAACAACUUCAAUGGUCUUGUUGCUCUAGGCUGCACUCCUCUUAAUGUGGUGGCCUAA